AUGGCCAACAAGGUGAUCGGAUCGCUCAACGAGAUGUAUGCGCAGGCCCCAGUGAAUUUGCCGCAAUCUGAACAUCCUACCCUUGCGCAGAGGGUGGCUCAGACACAGAUUCUGAAUCAGGUGAUGGCAGUGUCAGAAAGCAUUCCCAUGUACAGUGAGCGUGAGGCGUCUCGAACGCUUCUGCAAACCUGCCUCUCCUACUCGGAGGAGGCUUUGACUACCGUGCGGCCCUACCAACCUGACCUCGUCUCGCUGCCGCAGGUCGGGACUGAUCCUCCUGCCCUUCGUGAUCUUGUCGAUGACUUUGGUCGAGAUAUUUUGGAGGACCCUUUGGGGAACAUGCUGCUGUCUCCGGAUGAGUGGGGCCACAAGAUCGAGAUUGGGGAUACCAUUAGACCAUACAUGGAUCCUGUUCUCAAAACAGAUGGCGCGGCAUAUGUGCAGUUUGUGCAGCGGCUUUUUGAGGGUGGAAUGGUCUCGUUCACCGAGAAACCUCGUGAUCUCAUCACCCCCUUCUUUGUCACUAAGAAGUCCGGAAAGCUACGUUUGGUUUUGGAUUGUCGGGGCGUCAACCAGCGGUUUCGAGAACCUCCCUCAAUCGCCCUGGCCGCAGGAAGCUCCUGGUCGCAGUUGGAGAUACCGCUGGGCGAGGACCUCUUCAUUGCACAAUCUGAUAUAAAGGACUAUUUUUACUCGCUUCGACUACCGCAUGAGUUACAACCUUUCUUUUGUCUUCCCGCCAUUCCCGUGCAGGCCAUUCAUGCUUGGGGCGUGGCGAACAAGGACUGGACAGGUGCUUCAGUUGAGGGAUUGGUGUUUCCAGCUUUCAGGGUCGUCCCCAUGGGAUGGUCAUGGGCCAUGUGGUGGGCACAACGAGUGCAUCAAGUGCAAGCUUUGAUUGGAGCAGGCCUCUCCGAUGCUCGACUCGUGCGAGCCGACCGUCCAGCUCCCGACUUGUCAGGGGGUGAACCUGCUGUCAUUGCCUAUGCAGACAACCUUAAUGUGACUGGCACCGACGAAGAACGGGUCCAGAAAGCAAAGGAUGGGGCCGUUGCGCGGCUCAGGACUCUAGGCUUUGGAGUGCAUGAAGAACUCGACGCAUGCGCCUCAGCCACCUCAUUGGGCUUCAGCGUCGAUGGGGCCACGGGUGUCGUCAAGCCCGUUCCUGAUAAGGUUGGUUUGGUCAUUGCUGCUUUUAGAUGGCUGGCCCGCAGGCCAAGGGUCAAUGGAAGGGCCGUUGAGAAAUUAGUGGGGCACGCGAUACACUUUAUGCUUGUGCGUCGUGAAAUGCUCUGCUGUAUGCGGUCGCUCUAUGAUUUCAUCCAAAGGUCAUACAGAGCACGGAGACGUCUAUGGCCUUCUGCGGCUCGCGAAGCUGAGUGGAUUGCAAAUCUAUUACCAGUAUGCCAUGCGAACUUGAGAAGGGUUUGGUCUGAAGUGCCUACCGCUUCUGAUGCGUCACUUAGUGGUAUCGCGGUGUGCAGUCGGCAUGCUGGGGUAGAGCAAGUUUCCGAGAUAGGGCGCUGCAAGGAGGCCUGGAGGUUCAAAGCCCGUGACUUUGUGGCCCCGCGUGAAAGUGCCAUCGGUGGAGCAGAGGAUCUUAGCCUGGAUCCCUUCAGUGACACUCAAUCUGUCAAGCCCCACAUUGUCUUGCCCGAAGAUCCAUUUUCCAUCAACCCUGACUUUAACGAGGUGCCCGAUGAUUUCAUGACAGCUUCUGAGUGGUCUGUUGCUUUUGCGUGUGAGAUGCAUCAUGCUGAACCAAUUACCAUUCUCGAAGCCAGAGGAGUCGUAGCGGCUGUUCGCCACAAGUGUAGGGUGGUGCAAAAUUUCGGCAAGAAACAUCUUCAUCUCAACGACAAUCUUGCUAAUGUGCUUUGUGCCGAGAAGGGCAGAUCUGCUUCUUAUCCUAUGCUUCGGGUGUGUCGGCGACUUUGCGCCCUUGUGAUCGCCGCGAACUGCACUUUCCAUCACCGGUCCAUGAAAAGAAGUCGCAGUUGCUCGGACCCUCCGGACCCCCUUCUCGCCAACGUCACCAUCCCGAUGCUGAAGGAGAGCAAGCUAGCCGAGCCGAGCACUUUGUCGGCGCGUCGCUCUUCCAUUCGCAGAUCAAUCCAGGGGAACUCCAAGGAGGAGAAAGCGGUGAAGCGACAGAAGCUGGCGGUCACCUCAGCUCAGCCUCGGUUCCCAGGGCAAACUUUCCUGGAACAGGUUGCCAUCUCGCAGGAAGUGGCCAACGACUACAGCAGGCGACUCCAGAAGUUUCUCCAGGUGGCGAAGAUCAAGAACAUAUUCACUAUGCCCAUGACCAAGUUAGAUGCAUGCUUAGCAAAAUUUCUCGAGAGCAUGUUUUUGGGAGGCAGCGACAUCUCAGAAGGCAACAAAACGUUCGCGGCCGUGUUGGACAUCAGGCCCGGCUCUUCCCAGAUGGGACAGUUGCCAAGGUGCAGGAGAUGCUUGAAGGGCUGGGCCAACUUGGAUCCAGGGGCGACGAGGCCUCCCCUGUCCUUCUUACUUGUGGCGCUCAUCGCCACAAACCUGCUCCUUCGCAACUUGCCGGAGGCGGCCCUGGCAAUACUGCUGAUGUUCUCGGCUUACCUACGACCCGGCGAAGCGCUGGGAAUCCACGCCAACGAUGUGGUGAGGCCGAACCGUUCAAGCAAACACUUCACGAUCAACCUCCACCCCCUGGAGAGAUACGAAUCCAGCAAAGUGGGGCUCUCGGACGAGACGGUGGUGAUCGACUCACCUGCUUUGCCGCAGCUCGGUCCCAUGCUCGGUCGGCUGGCCAAGUUGAAGAAAGGAAAGGAUCUCUUCGCGCUCACCUACCCUCUCCUACGAGCACAUUGGGAAUCAGCUUUGGAGCAAGUGGGAUUGGGAAGCCAAUACGCGGUGAUGUAUCAAUUGAGGCACUCCGGGCCCAGUCACGACCGGCUGGCAAACCUGAGGUCGCUCAUGGAAGUAAAACUCCGCGGGCGCUGGGGGUCCGACUCCAGUGUGAAGCGGUACGAGGCCCACGGCAAGGUAGCCGGCGAGUUCCAGAAGCUGCCCCAGGAGGUGCAACAAGCAGCGGGUCAGGCCGAGAAGGACCUUGGCCGAUUUGCGAACCUCUCUCGGGCGUGCGCUGAGUGCGGCUUUGCAUGCAUCGCUGUCGACAUUGACUAUGGUCAUGGCUGUGAUGUACUUCGCACAGGCGUGUUGUCUCGUAUCUUCAAGAUGCUUGAUACUCUCCCCAUCGUUUUGGUGUGGUUUGGGAUGCCGGGUACCUCCUGGUCGCGGGCUCGCAAGGAUGAUGGUGGUCCACCUCCGCUGAGAGACGAUGGUGAACACAUCUUGGGGCUUCCUGAUCUUCGUCGCGCAGACCAGGCAAAGGUGGCUCGCGGCAACGCCCUCUUGCAGGUCACCACCGAUUUGGCCCAUGCUUGCCGGCGAAGAGGUAUCCGUUCGGUCAUUGAAAAUCCAGCUUCCUCACGAGCCUGGCUUACGCCACAAAUCAAACACCUGCAGGUCUCUGGUGCCAUGUUCGUCCCCGUUGAUUACUGCCAAUACAAGAUGCCUUGGAGAAAAGCCACGCUCUUUCUCUGUGAGCCCGCUGAGUGGUUGCAGCCCGUUUCCAGAACAUGCGAUGCUCACUUUGGCAGAUGUUCAGCAUCAGGGCAGCGCCACAUCCUUCUGCAGGGGACGGAUGCCACGGGUACUUCUUACGCUGCGCGUGCCCAGCCCUACCCACGCGCGCUCUGCCUCGCCAUCGCGCGCUCCCUCAAGAUCAGUGUCCUGUGA